AGAGCCAGAGGGUUCGUGGAGAACGCCUUUGGGAUCCCUGCCAACAAGUUCCAGGUGAUUCUGGGCACUUUGCAGAACAAGCCAGAGACUGUCAAGCUGAUAGUGAUGACCUGCUUGGUCCUUUACAACCUGAUGAGGGUUAGGUACCCAACGCUGCAGAACCAACAGCUGGACCAGCAAGCAAGUCCAGAAGAAGAUUUUGUGUCUGGUGCCUGGCUUCAAUCUGGA